AUGGGCCAGAAGGCAGGAGACCUUGGCUGGCGGCUCAGUCUAUUGCUCCUGUCCUUGCUCCUGGCUCGAGCUGGUGUCUGGGGAUUCCCGAGGCCCCCAGGGAGGCUGAGCCAGUCAGAGCUGCGGAGGGAAUUCAAGAUCAGCCUGCAUCUCGCCAGGAAGCUGCUCUCUGAGGUUCGGGUCCAGGCCCACCACUUUGCUGACUCUCACCUACCUGGAGUGAACCUGGACCUCCUGCCCCUGGGAUACCAGCUCCCCAACGUCUCCCUGACCUUCCAGGACUGGUGCAAACUCUCCGACGCAGAUCGGCUCAGCUUCCUUUCCAUGACGCUCAGUCCCUUCCAUGCCCUGUUGGAAGGUCUGGGGAGCCGGGGGCCCUGGACCAGCGCAGAGAGGCUGCAACUGUGGACUGUGCGCCUGGACCUCCGAGACUUGCAACGGCAUCUCCGCUUCCAGGCGCUGGCUGCAGGACUCAACCUCCCCCAGGAAGAGAGCGAGCUGGAGCAGGGGCUGCCUCCGGGGGCUCUGGGCAGCGUCCCCGAGCCCGGGUGGUCCCGGGUGCCCUGGCCACAGCUCCUGUCCACCUACCAGCUGCUUCACUCCCUGGAACUCGUCUUGUCUCGGGCCGUGAGGGACUUGCUGCUGCUCUCCCAGGACUUCCGGCGUGCCGUCUGGGACGGGACAGCCUCCAACGCGCGGGCGGCAUCCCCCUGCCUCCCUCCCCAGCCCCACCCAAUAACUUAA